GUUGGAAUGCGCCCACGUCAAGCCGCGGCUGAACCAUCAGCCCGAGUCUUCAGGCACCCAAACGGCCACUACACAUCGUGUUUAUCCUCUCCUAGAGAUUAGGCACUACUGGCUCAUGCCGUUGUAACUCCCCACGAUCUCCCUGCUCCUCUCUCUCUUUGUAACAUGUAUAUAUACUCCACUAAGUGAUGAAUAUAGCAGGGCGUGAGUUAUACAGCUCAACUUGGUAUCAGACGCGAGCCUCUUCGAUCCUCCUUCCACCUUCUGCUUCCGUCAUGAAUCGCCUCCUUCGUCGUUCGCGCUCGGCCGAUCUCGACUCACCAGCCUCUGACGGCCGCCCCUUCGCUGCUGUUCCCGUCGCCGUCGCUGCCACGCCCGUCGCCACUCGCGUUGCCGCCGCCGCGUCUGCCGCGCUCCCCACGGCUCGACUCGCACCUGCUGUCGUCCAGGGGAAGGCGCCUGUCCCCGAGGGUGCCAAUGCGCCCUCCUCGACUGCACCCGCCGUCCACCUCACCCCGCCACCUGUAGCGGGCAUUCUCCGGACCGCCGGGAGCUUCCCCGUCCCACACGUCGACCUCGGGGUCCCAAACGGCGACCUCGUCCAGCAUGUCGGCUCCUCCGAUGCCGGCCCUUCUUCCGUCAAUGGACUACCGCCGUCCAUCGCACACUACUUCAACUCCAAGCUGGCGCUUGAAUCCGGUAACUAUUCUAAAUGGCGCCACAUCUUUUACAUGGUCUCGUGCAAGUACAGCGUCCAGCACCACCUUGCCAUCGCCGCCAUGCCACUCGAGCAGAGUGCCGUCUGGCGCAAUGACGACCUGACCAUGGUGCUCUGGAUGCACGGCGUCGUCGCCGAGGAGCUCAUGGACGUCGUCGCGUCCCCAACAAGCACCGCCUACGACGUCUGGACGCAGCUCCAUAUCUUCUUCAUGGACAACCAGCCAGGGCGCGCCGUCAUCCUCGGCGUCGAGUUCCGCAACCUCGUUCAAGGCGACCUCACCGUCGCCGAGUACAGCCGGCGGCUCAAGUCGCUCGCCGACGCACUCGAGGAUGUCGGCGAACACAUCUCCGACCAAUCGCUCACUCUGCAGCUCAUCCGCGGCCUCAACCGAAAGUUUCAUGUGAUGGCGACACUCCUACCUCUGCGGUCACCGUUUCCUUCCUUCGUACAGGCGCGAUCUCGGCUGCUCAUGGAGGAAAUCUCGGCUAACGAGCGGGCCCGCCUGGAUGGUCGUCCCGAAGCCACCGCUACCGCGCUCACCAUCGGGCAGGGCGGCCCCGACCGUGGCGCCUCCGCCCCUGACCGCGGCGGCUCCUCCUCUGACCGCGGCACCAACACGCGGGGCAGGGGCCCUGCCUCCUCCUCUCCCACCGGCGACAAGGGGGCGCGUGGACGUGGCCGCGGCCGUGGCCGUGGCCGCGGCGCCCAGCCCUCUGGUGCUGCUCCGACUGGACGCGGAGCCUAG